AUGAAGGGACACGACCAGAUCCUCCGUGACGAUUCCAAUACUUCACACGGCGAACCUGGAGCCAUGCCGGCUCUCACACAAGUCCCUACCUCGGUAACGCUCUCGGCUGAGCAGUUCGAGAAGCUCUACCUGAGCCCUAUGAUGCAUCGCCAGCCGGCUCUGGCCAAGAAUCUCGGCAAUCCUACUCCUCUGGGACUUGGAGCUUUCGUGCUUACGGCUGCGCCACUCGCGUGUUGCUUGAUGGCCUGGAGAGGUGCCGGUGGCGGUGGUGCUGCCUUCAGUGGGGUUUUGAUCUUGUUCGGUGGACUUUUGCUAGUCAUCGCUGGUAUUCUGGAAUUCAUUCUUGGAAACACAUUUCCUUCCAUUGUGUUCGGUCACUUGGGUGCAUUCUGCUUGGCCUUUGGUGCUAGCAUGACUCCGGCAUUCAACUCUGCAGCUCCCUACUCCCCGGAUGGAACCAAUACAUUGGCAGGUCUUCAUAGUGCCGAAUUUGUAAACACCUUCGCAUUCUUCUUCCUAUUCAUGGCGGUCUUAAUGGUGAUCUAUAUCGUCUGCGCAUCCCGCACAAAUCUGCCAUUCUUCCUGAUCUUCGCGUGCCUGCUGAUCGUAUUCGCGCUCCUGGCCGCCGCUUACUGGAAACUGGGCGAGGGAAAUGAGGCGAUGGGUAACCGCUUGACAGUUGGUGCCGGUGCUGCGCUAUUCGCGGCCACUAUGUUCGGUUUCUACCUGUUGACUGCUCAGCUGCUUGACUCGGUUGGAUUUCCUCUUUCUUUGCCCGUUGGAGAUUUGAGUGGUCUUUUUGCUCGCGCACACAGACAGAGUGACCCUGAGCUGGCUACUGAUGCCAAUGGCAAGUACUAA